AUGCAGAGUUUGCAAGAGAAGGCCUCUGAAUGGAGUGGUGUUGAAACAGAUCAUGCUUUUGCCAUUGAUGAUACCAAUUUGUUUCAAAAGCUAGGGCUUCAAACUUUCAUAAACCUUUCCACCAAUUUCUACAACAGAGUUUAUGAUGAUGAGGAAGAGUGGUUUCGAUCGAUCUUUGGCAAGUCUGAUAAAGAAAAAGCGAUUCAGAAUCAGUAUGAAUUCCUUGUCCAGAGAAUGGGCGGUCCUCCUCUCUAUUCUCAAAGAAGAGGACAUCCUGCUCUAAUUGGUCGGCAUCGACCAUUUCCUGUGACACAUGAAGCUGCCAAGAGAUGGUUACAUCACAUGCAACAAGCAGUGGACAACACUUCAGCCAUAGAUCAUGAUUCCAACAUCAUGUUAAUCAACUUUUUCAGGCACACUGCGUAUUUUCUUGUGGCUGGAAUUGAGCAAAAGAAUCAAAGCCUACAUCCUUGCAAGGAUGCACCCGGAAGACACCCAUGUAAAAACUUUUAG